AUGAAUACGGAGGAUGAAAACCUGGGACCUCUAGUCCGCCUAUGGGGCAUCCGGACGGAGCAGCUCCCGGCCUCGAGCGCAACAAAAGCUGACUUGGCGCCGUUCCUGAUCGCCGUGCUGCAGGAGGCGGUCCCCUUCAUCGACGCCGUCGCGCCCAAGGACGGCACGGCGCGACCUAAUGAGUGGAAGGCCAAGGGCACCAAGACUUUUCCCGAGUCGACAGCGCCUGUUGAGCAGUACGAGCGCAUCAUCUCCGCUGUCGAGCUCGAGAAGGAGGCGGCGCGGAACCAGCUGCCGAACAACAACUCCAUCUCCACUGAGACGUGGGCGUGUCGGAGAAGUGUUCACAAGGAUCGGCCGGGCAAAGGGACAGCGGCGUGGGAGGAGUUUGUCAAGUGUUUCAAGGACGACCACGUCGAGGCCGAGAAGGCCUUCACGCCGAACGUGAUGGAGACUAGGGAGGCACUGAUGUGGGACUGUAAGGGUGUCGUUGUCGAGGAAGCGGGGCUUUUGUGGGAGGAUUUCAAGGUCGGUGUGUCGGAGAUCAAGCACAAGUUGGGAAUGCCGCUCAAGAACCGCGUAUUUCCCGAGCUCAUCGUCUCGGCCAAGGCGAGGGGCGUUGACGAGUUCGUGGUCGUAUCGAUGCCCGUAACGGACCUGGCAGAGUCGGACCACGGGCAGCUCGUCAAGGAUAAAGGCGUUGUGGUCGGCGCGUACGUUAGUGUCGAGAGAGUGCGAAGGCUACCAACCGGCGCGAUUGAGUGGAUUAUGGCGACGGCUUCGGAUGCUAAGGGGAUGUUACCGGUGUGGAUACAGGCCAAGGCUGUGCUUGGAGUCGUGUCAAAGGAUGUUGCGCUCUUCCUGGGAUGGAUUGCUGAGGAGCGGGAGCAGGGAACGAGCGUGGGCAAGUGGACCGCCGUCAAGGGUGAUGGAGGUGGUGGAGAGGUUCGCCCGGGCAGCAACAAUCGUAAGGCGUCGGUUGCGUUGGAGGAUGGGGAAUCGUCGACUGUGCAGGGAAGGUCUCCGAGGCAAAGCGUGCCUUCGAGGAACGGGAAGGAUCUGGCUGUGGGAGGUACAAACGGGACAAAUGGGCAGGUUCAUGCUUGA